AUGUCCAAGCAUCAAACGGCUAUCCCCAAAGGAUCCUGGGUUCUUGUGACAGCCGCAAACGGCCAUACUGGAAGCCAUAUUGUCUUCGAGCUACUGAAGAGAGACUUCAAGGUCCGCGGCACCGUUCGAGACUUGGAGUCCAGUCAGUGGCUACUUGAAGAUAAAUUCGUUUCCGAAUAUGCCGAACGCGGCCAUAUCGAGCUUAUAGUUGCGGACACGACCAAACCCCAUGACUUUGACAGAGCCGUACAGGGUGUCGCGGCUGUCAUACAUGUUGCAGUCAUUGGAGACUUGGUUCCUGAUCCCAAUGUUGCUAUUCCAGCUACUAUAGAAUCAGCCUUGUCUGUUUGUCGAUCAGCAGCAAAGGAGCCAUCAGUCAAGCGGUUUGUCUUCACUUCCACCUUUUGGGCUGCUACCUUUCCAGUUCCUGGUGUCGGUGAUACCAUUACAAACCUUGACAGUUGGAACGAUGCUGCUAUUCAAGCUGCUUGGGCUCCUCCUCCAUAUGAUGCAGAUCGCAUUAUGACAGUUUAUUUCGCAGCCAAGGCUGAAGCAGAAAAAGCUGUCUGGAAGUUUUUCAAAGAUGAGAAACUCCCCUGGGUAGUCAACUCGGUCAGCCCUUGUGUUAUCCUGGGAGACCUCCGAGAUGAUAAGCAUCUACGGUCCGUACCGCCCCAGCUCGUUGAACAGCUGUAUCUGGGGAAUAUUGAAAAGCUGCAAACCCCUGCUAUGUAUUACAGCCACGUCGCCGAUGUCGCAGUUAUUCAUGUCGCCGCCGCAAUCGACCCCGACAUCCAAGGUCAACGCAUUCAGGUUCUCGCAUCAUCGUUUACAUGGAAUGAUUGUCUAGAUAUCCUACGAAGUGCUUACCCAAACCGCAGCUUCGCUGAUAACUUUAUUUCGGGUGACCCAAAAUUGAUAUACAAGAUUGAGAACGAUAUUGCUCUUGAUCUCUUACAGAAAUGGGCCGGGCGUGGUUGGAUCAGUUUGGAGGCGAGUGUUACAGAAGUAGUGGAUUACUUGAUCAAAACCAAGAGGCUGGAUGACAAGUAG